AGGACGUGAAAAUCUGAGAAAUGAACAAAUUACGGCAAAGCUUUAGGAGAAAGAAAGAUGUCUAUGUCCCAGAGGCCAGUAGGCCUCACCAGUGGCAGACGGAUGAAGAAGGCGUUCGUACUGGCAAGUGCAGCUUUCCUGUGAAGUACUUGGGACAUGUCGAAGUGGAUGAAUCCAGAGGAAUGCAUAUCUGUGAAGAUGCUGUGAAGAGGCUGAAAUCUGAAAGGAAGUUCUUCAAAGGCUUCUUUGGAAAAUCUGGGAAGAAGGCAGUUAAAGCAGUCCUGUGGGUUUCGGCGGAUGGACUCCGAGUUGUAGAUGAGAAAACAAAGGAUCUUAUAGUUGAUCAGACAAUAGAGAAGGUUUCUUUCUGCGCACCAGACAGGAACUUUGACCGGGCAUUCUCGUACAUCUGUCGCGACGGCACGACGAGACGCUGGAUAUGCCACUGCUUUAUGGCCGUAAAGGACACGGGGGAAAGGCUGAGUCAUGCCGUGGGCUGUGCAUUUGCAGCGUGCCUGGAGCGAAAGCAGAAGCGGGAGAAGGAGUGUGGAGUGACUGCCACCUUUGAUGCCAGCAGAACAACAUUUACUAGAGAGGGGUCAUUCAGGGUCACUACAGCUACUGAACAAGCAGAGAGAGAGGAAAUUAUGAGACAGAUGCCGGAUGCUAAAGCAGUUGAAACAGAAGUGAAAACAGUAGCACCAGGUGCUGCACCAAACAAUACUGCUCCCUCUUCUGGCUCACCAACCUCUCCUACUGCUGAAGUUGCUGCCUCUCUGGAUAAAGAAACGACCAAUCCCCAUGCUAUUCCACGGAGGCAUGCCCCUAUAGAGCAGCUUGCCAGGCAAGGGUCUUUCAGGGGCUUCCCUGCCCUUAGCCAAAAGAUGUCUCCUUUUAAACGCCAGUUGUCUUUGCGAAUAAAUGAGCUGCCUUCAACAGUGCAAAGGAAGACUGAUUUCCCCAUGAAAAAUGCAGUCCCUGAGGUAGAAGGGGAGACAGACAGCAUUAGUGCCCUGUGCUCUCAGAUCACCAGUGCUUUCAGCGCACCGUCAGAGGAUCCUUUCUCUUCAGCCCCCAUGACAAAGCCAGUGACAGUAGUCGCACCACAGUCUCCUGCCUUUCAAGUUAAUGGCACUGCCUCUGCCUUCUGUGUGCUUGCUGCUAAACCAUCCCAGGCUGCUGUAGUGCCCACAGCUAUGCCCGUUCGUGAAACCAAUCCCUGGGCUCAUGCUCCUGCUGCUAAUACUGGAGCUGCAGCCAUGGUCGCUGGCACUGAAUGGAGCAGCACCUCCUCAGGUGCGGCCUCACCGAGUCUCUUACAAGGAAAUCACAGACGUACUCCCUCAGAGGCAGACCGCUGGUUGGAAGAGGUCUCAAAGACUGUCAGAGCCCAACAGCAGCCAGCCCCAACCCCAGCCCCAGCCCCACAGCCACAGCCACUACUCCAGCCUCCUGCAGCAGCUUCCCAGUCAGCACCCACCUUCCCCGUCAGCACCUUCAUUGCUCCUCAGCCCGUGCCGGUGGGUGUGGUACCACCCAUGCAGCCAGCAUUCAUUCCAGCUCAGCCCUAUGCUGUACCCAAUGGGAUGACCUAUCCAGCCCCAAGCGUACCUGUGGUUGGAAUCACCCCUUCCCAGAUGGUGGCCAAUGUCUUUGGUACAGCGAGCCACGCUCCGGCAGCCCAUCCGCACCAGUCGCCCAGCCUGGUCAAGCAGCAGAGCUUCCCCCAGUACGAAGGCAGCAGCGCUGCAGGCAGCCCCUUCUUCAGCCCCCCCGCCCAGCACAACGGCUCGGCAGCCUUCAACGGGAUGGAGGGGGGCAAAUGGGCAGCAGAGGACAAGCAGGGGCAGCCCCCUGCCGCCCCGCAGGUCGACCCCUUUGAAGCACAGUGGGCAGCCCUGGAGAGCAAGGCGAAGCAGCGCACUAAUCCCUCCCCAACUAACCCCUUCUCAAGCGAUUUACAGAAGACAUUUGAGAUUGAACUUUAAGCAGUACUAUUGCGGGGGGGGGGAGGGUGGAUAAAUUGUACAUUAGGGUAGAGGGAUAAAGGGAGCAGAGGGGACUGUUUCUGAUCAGUUUGCUUUGAUAAUCCCAAAAGUCCCUUCAAACUAAAAUGGGUUAGAAAGAGGGAGCAAUUACGAGGAGGAUAUAAGCAUACAGAGAAUUUUAUGUGCAGUUCUUAAAAGGAAUUCUGGAGCCACCCCAGUCUGCAUUCCCUCCUUACUUGGAAAGCUGGAAGUCAAAAGAGAGUAAAGAAAGGCACCCAGUCCCAAAGCCUGUUCUGCAGAAACACCAAUUAUCUCACAGAAAGGAAGGCAGAUUUUGUACUUACAUCCU